GUAACGAGCCCCCGAAUCCAGAUAGUAUAAUUGUGGGCAUCGGCCGGAAUGUCUGAAUCUGCGCAGCAGCGUUCUUUCAAGCGUCAUCGUCCUAAAGUUCCUCUGGAUCAACGCAAACGAACUGUCAAAGCCUGCACCUCUUGCCGUCUACGCAAGCGACGGUGCAUACUGGGUUCUUCAGACAGAUGUCGGAAUUGUAGAAACAGAAACCUGACUUGCAUAUUCGAGGAAGAUAGGGAUAGCCCAUCUCCACCGACAUCUCACCACACUAGCAUUGACCAUGAGGAUGUUGUGGCACGUUUUAACAUGUCAUAUCCAGAGAUUGGUCUGAAAGCACACCAUUCUUCUUUUCUCCUGGAGAUAAUCAUGGACUCGAGCCGAACAUUUGGGGAGGAGGGGACUUCAAAAAAGGGCUGUGCGGUCUGCCAAAAUACCAGAUACCUGUCGCCUCAUGAGUCUACAUCCACGUCCGAAAACGCUUAUCCCAAACAGGAAACGCAAAAACCGAGUGAUGAUUUGUUGGCGCAUAGAGAUUUUCUCGCGCAUGCCACUGCAGCAGUUUCCCAAACUAAGACAGUGGAACUCAUAGAGGCUGCUACUCCUUUUUACCCAACUGAAGAAUCAGAUUACGGAGAUGAGAAUGUCCUCAUGGGACGAAUAUUGAAGGACUUUCCUUCUCGAGCUACGGGCGAAGCUCUUGUUUCAGCUUUCUUCUUUUAUGCUGAGGCUAACUGGUACUAUUUUGACGAACCUUCAUUUAGAGACCAGCUAUUCGGAUUAUAUGAUAGCGGGCUCUCACCGAAUGUGACCAAUCCCAAAUUCAUCUGUUUGGCCCUGGCUGUUUUUGCCACGGGAAGUCAGUUUGUCCAUCUCUACCAGGCUGAUCAUCUGGACAAUCCAGAAAAAAUGACAGCGGCGCAGACAGGUAUUCCAGGGAUGAGGUAUUUCCAGCAUGCGCAGACACUUGUGCCUCACAUUGUAGCCUCGCCAUGCUUGGAAGGCCUGCUGGGCUGUCUACUACUUGCGUUGUAUGUUUUGCCAAUCCAUAACACCAACACUUGCUACACCUAUCUCGGUCUUUCAUUACGCAUCGCCAUCUGCCUAGGCCUUCAUCGAAAGCCAGCAAGGUCAGAUUUAUCCCCGACGCUUUCAGAAAUUCGCAAUCGUGUUUUCUGGACGACGUAUAGCAUUGAAAGACGGGUUGCUCUCUCGCUUGGCUACCCUGAGACGCUUCACAGCGACGAUAUCGACUGCCCUUUUCCCCAGAGAAGGCCUGACCUGGAUACUCCAUUUUCAUACAGAGCGGAAAGACUGCUGGCAUACACAAAAUUGACCCUUUUACUCAACCAGACAAUUUGCUCGAGGACCUUGGACAAAAGUUCGAGAGAUAUCCAAAAUCAACUUCUAUCUUGGAAAGAGGCCUUACCAUCUCAAUUGAAAACACUGAAUGGUCCUUCCUUGCGACUAAAUGUCCAUUUGCAGCUUCACUACUCCAUGGUAUGGAUUGUUAUCGGUCGCGCUGCCUUGAUCGGUAGGGUACGACGUCUUCUUAGCAAGACAGAGUCCAGCAAAGUCGACGGCGUGACCAGCAAGGAAUGCGAUGAAUUAUCAGAUUCUUGCGUUGAACAUGCUACGCAUAUAAUUGACCUCAUCAAUUUGCUUAGAACUCGCGGGCAACUAGGUCGAUUCUCUUACACUGAUUUCCACACCUGCAGUUCUGCAGCCGUUGUCGUUCUCCUGGAAAGUAUUCUGUACCCACGUCUCACAUCGUUCUCAAAGAUCAGAAUGGCAAUGGAUGCUUUGCGAUACAUGGCCACCGGCAGUGACUAUGCGAAAAAUAGCCUCAAGUAUGUCAACGACUUCCAGGUCGUUGUCAACAAGGCUUUGGCAUCAAUGUACCGCCGAGACCAUGAAACAUCAUGCUCUGUGAGGGUCUCGGGUUCACCAGAGUUUGGAGACUUGCCAAAAAGCCAAGACUCUUUCAUGCAAUCAUCAACGCAGCCUUUUCACCCGCCUGAUUCUAUCUUUUUGGGGUCACAUCCAGAGGUGGACCCUGAAGACGUGGACGUCUCGCAUCAUCAAGGGGGCGAAGAAAUCUCGAGAAUGCCCUUUUUUGAUGAAAUGGAGACUUCUCUUGAGAAUUGUUCUUUUACAGAAUUGCACCUACUUGGAUUCGACUGUCUUUACUCGAGCGAGAUGUUAAAUUGGGACAACGUUGGUCCUUAGUGAGCAGGCAGCUCAGCUAAGGGACUACAUGUGGCAGAGACCACCCACCGCUAUCGCUUUUGGAUGGUCCACCUUCCAGGGCAAUGAUAAAAACUUUCCAAUGAUAAAUUUCCCCCCG